AGGAAGGCGAGGAGAGUGACGGCCAGCGGACGGAGAGGGGCGGCGGCGUGGUGGACAGGAGAUCGGACGGAGAAGGAGACGGAGACAGGGAGAGCGUCCCAGGAGUGAUUGCGGAGGAGAUGGAACGGGUGGGAGGAGUCGAGGAGCGGAGGGAGAUGGACGACGAUUGUGGAGUGGAGAGGGAAGGAGUGAAAGAGACGGAGUUGGUGAAGGAGGCGCGGAGGUCGGCUGACAGCACGCGAGCGGGGAGUGGUGCGGAUUGUGGAGCGAAGGAGCUGCGUCUACCGAGCAGAGAGGCGAGGAGGCAGGAGGAGAGUGAAGAGGACAUGGACAUAUCGACUGUCAAGCGUUGGCAAAACAAACGAAAGGCUGCCAAGGAAAGAGUCCGUGCAGAGGGGAUUAAAGGGCCGCGGUCUGUUGGGUCGGGUCCUGCUCCCCGGGCGGGGUGGAUGGCCGCGGGGUCUUUCGGGUGCGGCAGUGGCGUGUAUGUGUGUCUGUGUGCUCGGUCCGUGGGGGGUGCCCGCCCUCCGCGGGUCGGGUGCACAUAUGUGCCCGCAUGUUGCUGUCGCGUUGGGGGGGCCUUUCGGCCACUUCAAUGUGGCUACACAGGCACCAUGGAGGCCACCACUCUGGUGCUGUUGGUCCUGCUGGACAGUCUCCUUGUGUCGUCCAGCAGACCGUUCCGUAGCUCUUCAGGUGGGCCUCCCAUGUGCGGGCACUCCCGCGACUCCCGGCCGCCACGUCUCCUGUCGUGCCCCGGCCGCAGCACCCUGCGGCCCGGGUACCGUGACAUUGGGCACCGCGACCACUCCCGCGUCUCCCGCAACUCCCGCCGUGCCCCGUGA